GAAUCGCAGUUAUGCGCAUGCGCGAAAUCGGAAAGUAUACGCUCGCAGCUAGCAGAAGUGGAGAAGAGAUGGCGACGAUUCCGGAGGACCUGCAGAACCUCUGCGACUUCCCUCAGUAUGACGCCACGUUCCAGGACCACCCUCAGUUCAGACGCAGUCUGGAGGCCUGGGCCGACAAGACCAAGAACCUGGGCAAUGGGCUGUCUGCAUUGGCUGACUCGUUCGACAAGUUCCACGAGACUGGCAUGGAGCACUACAAGGCGGCCAGCUCCGUCAUCUCCAGUCUCCAGCGUGUGGCUGGCGUCUGUCGCAACGACUCCGCCAACACCAUCAGCUCUCAUAUCGAGCAGUUUGUGGACUCGCUGAACAAGAUUUGGUGCUACUACGAGGCCUUUCUGGGCCAGACUCAAAUGCUGAAUGCAAAUCCAAUCAGAGAGCUGGCAAACAACUUCCUCGGACUAACUACUCUGCAUCAACAAGUGUUGGAGUAUCGCAGGGAGCAGCUAAAGGCGGCCGAGAAACUAUGUGCCUGCAGACACUCCUCAAAACUGACAGACAAGAUGCUGCUGCCUGCCCUCGCAGAGGCCUGCUACUCCUCACAGAAGACCUACCAACUGGUCCUCUCCAAAUUUGUCAUCUCUCUGAGACAGGCCCACACCAUCGACAUGGUAACCACCCUGGAUCCACCUUACUUGUGCCAUCUACCACUACUUUCCCUCUCAUUGUCAAGUUGUGUACAGUACAGUCUCAGUCUAUUCAUUCAGACAAAAGAGAGGAAUGUUAAUCCCCAGUCGAUGAGUUUCAUAAGGAGGAUCGUGGAAUUUUUCCUUAGCAAGUAUGCCUAUCACAACUACUGCACUGAGGUGCUAAAGGACCUAGAGCCGAGAGUGAACGAGGUGUUUGCCCAGACCAAGACCUGGAAGGCUCACCACGAGAGAGAGAUGAAACUUUGGGACAAACUCCACGUGGCCGUCAAGAAAAACGUCUUGGCUCAGUACCAACACAAGGUUGGGUUCUGCCCCGAUGCUGCCGAGACCACACCCACCUGGUCAGGGAUGGCGAUGUCGCCGCUAUAUGCCGGUCGUCAGAUGAUGAGGAGGAUGUUCCCCUCGCAGAGUAAAGAUAUCAAAGCAGGGAGUUCAGUGCCGUCGGGAGAGGGAGACUGGGAGCACCUCGGAGGAGAGGAGGGCCAGCGGAGAGCCACAUUCACCAACUCUCGGGACGGGGGCAGUGCUGACAGCAGCCCCGUGUUCCCUAGGAGGGAGACUGUCGGGGAAGACGUCCUCACUGAGAGCGAGCGAAUGAAGAGAGAGUGGCGGAGAAAGGUCCUGCGCUCCAGUUCGAACCCUGACCUCUUGUCCGACACUCAGACCUCCAGCAGCAACGGCCGUAUCCAUAGCAACCGAGGGGAGAGUCCCAGCUCUACCUCCUCGUCGGGCGAGACUCCGCCCCCUUCCGGAAUGGUGGUGAUGUUCUCAGAGGACACGACAGAGGCAGCCGCGGAGGCCAUGGAAGAGUUCCUGGGAAGACCUUCUGGCCACGCCUCCCACUUCCGUCCCCUCGCUGCCGUCCUGGGUGGCAUCAGAGGGAAGAAGAAGAAGGCAAAGAAGAAGAAGAGUCGAACAGCAUCUACCCCCGACGACCCCGCGACAGAGUCUCCACUAGUGACACGGUCUCAGAGGGAAAGAGGGGAUUCCCCGCUGCGAGACUCCGCCCACUCCAGCCCAAGGUCCAAACAGAAGAAAAAACGUUCAUGGCUACUGCACUCAAAAUCACACGACGGGAGUGCGGAGGUCGUAGGUGAGAGUUCAGAUGUCCCGGACACUCGCGAGGAGUUGAGAGGGAGUUCGGAGAAUCAUUGUGAGACGGAGGACAAAGGUCGGAGGAAGAAGAAGCCGCAGACCUCGUUGGAAGAGCCACACCUCCAACAACGCCUCCAGAUCUCGUCUCCGCUGACGAGGGAUUGGUCGGGCAGCGAGCUGCGAAACGAGGAGCUGCAGAGUUUAGUGAGCCCUCCUCCCGCCUCCUGGAGCAUGACUGGCUACCUCUGGCUACGACUGCACACUGACAACAGAUAUGAGUGGACACACAUUUGGUGUGUCGUGGACAAGGAGAAUGGAGAGGUUAAGGUGCAGCGAGAGGAAGACCACGCCCCCUGGUGUCUGGAGAACCUGAUGCUCUGUUCCACUAAACUCUGCACUCCAGACUUCAUCGAUCGCAACUACUGCUUCAGAGUAAUAUCCCCGACCUCAGAGCAUCUGUUCCAGGCCCUCAGCUCCCAGGACCAAGAAGCGUGGGUCCGAACUCUCCAGAACUGCACGGCACAGGCAAUAAAGUCUUCCUCCGGCCGGCAGCUGUCGGCAGUGAGGAUGGAGAGGACUGGAGGUAGUGAGACUGAGGCCGAGACUGUUUCUGACGCCAUGAGCAUCAUCUUGGCUAUCCCCGGCAACCUCACCUGUGCCGACUGCUCCAGCUCCGCUGUGGAGUGGGCCAGUGUUAACCUGGGUCUGGUGCUGUGUAUCCAGUGCUCUGGUGUCCACAGGGGACUGGGUGUGCAUGUGUCUAAAUUCAUGGUGAGACAAGGGAAUAAGAAGGCCAACUGCUACUACGAGGCAACGCUAGGGACCGGGGCCCACGCCAGUGUUAGGAAACCCACCACACUAUCCACAAAAGCCGAGAGGUCAGAGUUCAUCCAGCAGAAGUACGUGGCUCUGGCAUUCACUCCUCCGCUGACAGAAAGAACUAGCAGCUUCUGA